AUGACUCCAUAUCUGCACAACAUCCACGGCUCAAGCAAAAGUCCCAGCACCACCCACAGCACCUACGCCCCCCUCCCACGCCCGCUGUCCACCACCCCUCCCUCCUCUUCCCACCACUCGUACCACUCGUACCACUCCCGCUCUUCAGAGGCCCCCAACACCCCUCCCCAGAAUCCCAACUCUCGCAUGCCUAUCCCUUCUCAUCCAACGCACCUCGCCCAAGCACAUCUCGACGCCUACCCUCCCCCUUCUUCAUCAUCCUCACGCGGCGGCGGGGGUGGGGGUGGGCAGCACGCCACAAAACAUGUCCCCAAACCCGCCCCAGAGCGAGUAUGGAUGGACACCAAAUGGAUCCUGGAACAUCCCAACCCGAAAUCGGCGGGGGAGGUGAGAAAGUAUUAUGCGGGGGUUGACGGGGGGUGGACGGGGGGCGUUUGGCCCGGCUAUGGGGGCAGGGGGAGGGGGAUGUAUCCUGAGGCAGUGGGGAGAGGAGGGAUACAUCCCGGUGUGGGGUUUGUUGGGGGGUAUGGGAUGGGUAGGACGCCUUAUACUAUGCCUUGGUACCAUGGGUAG